AUGAAUUCAAAUUUGAGUAAAUCAUCUAUUGAAAAUAUUUCAUUAUGUGUUUAUAUUGGAAAUACAUGUUCAUUUGAUGAUAAAAUCUUAAUAAAUUAUUGUUCUCAAUAUGGUGAAAUAGUUUCAUGUUCAAUAGAUAAAUGUUCAAAUGAAAAACGACCAUUUUGUGAUUUUCGUAUUAUUGAAUUUUCUAAUAAAAAAGAAUUAGAAAAUUUUCUUAAAAUAAAUUCUCAUCAAAUAAAUUCAAUAAAACUUGAUGUUAAAUUAUAUAAAAAUUUGUUAAAUAAUAUUGAUAUAUUAAAUAUUGAUCGUAAACUUUUUAUUGGACCAAUAUUAAAUUCUAAUGAUAUAAAUAUAAUAAUAGAAUUUUAUAAAAUAAUUGAUCCAACAUUACAAUAUAAAAUUUCAAGACAAGAUAAACAAAUUUAUAUAUUAAUUGAAU